CGUCAACAACAAACAUAAUACUUGAUUUUCACACUAAUCUGCUCUCUCUCUCGCGGGUCGAAUGUGUAUGUUCAAUUUUUGUGUCUUCGUCUUUUUUCUUAUUUGCGACGAAUAAUUUUGUUUUAUUUAUUGAAGAUGGAGGAUCGUUUUGGUAUUGUUCUAUGGAUGGUGCUGAUGGUGGUGUUGACAGGGGCUCAGGCACGAACGCUGUCGCAGGACGCCGAGGAUUCCGUCCUCCAGAGGCUGGCCGAGCUGGAGGAGCGCGUCGCGGCGCAGGCUCGGGUGAAGGAGGAGCUGCAGGAUAUCGUUAAGAAAGAGGUGGACAGGCGACUCGUCCUCGAGACUCUCCUCCUGAGGACGAUGGAGGAGCAGGCCAUAAAGCUCGGCCAGGUCGAGUCGUCCUCCAGCGUCGACCACGACAGAAUCGUGGCCCUCGAGUCCACCCUCCGGGACGAAAUCUCACUGCGGGAGGAGGCGGAGCGCUCGGGGAACCUGAGUCUGCGGGACCUCGAGAGGAAAGUGACCCUCAUGGAAGGGAACCUCAACCUCAUCACCUUCAUGGACUCGCGCCUCAGAGACCUCGAGGAGUUGGUGGGCCUCCACGGCCAGGAAAUAUCCGAGCUACACGGCGCCCUUCCCCAGACGCGGAGAGCCGUGGAACAACUACGGCGGGAACUUCGACGACACAAGGCGGACGUGGAACAAAUGGAGAACACCGGAGAAGAGACCCUGCGUGGAAUGACGGCGAUCCGGGACCGCGUCCGUGACCUCGACUCGUGGGUCCUGUCGCACAACGUGACAUCGGCGGAGGACCGGCUACUUCUGCAGGAGGUCGAGGACACCAGCUCGAGACUGACCCUCUUUCUGCAGGAGGUCGGGGCGGGAUCGGCAACCUCACUCUGGCCGUCGACGCUCUCAAGAACCACACGAGCGCCGCGCCUCUCAAACUCUGCCCCCAAAGCUACAGGAAGGUCGACCGAGACUGCCUGCAUCUCCUGGAGGAGAAGCUGACGUGGGAGGAGGCUCGGCGGGCGUGCGAGGACCUGGCCGUCUCUGUGGGCGGCGCCGGCGACCUCGCGCAGCCGAGCCACAUCGACGACUUCAGGCACUACGUUGCGAAACUGCACACUGCCACCCAGUACCUAUGGGUGGGCGGCAUCCGGGAGAGCAGCGCGUGGCGGUGGGCUUCCGGGGACCACAUCGACCACGAGCAGCUGCCGUGGGACCUGGGAGAACCCGACGACUCCGAGGACCAGUACCAUCUGUGCGUCAAGUCCUCGGCCGCCAUCAGGUUCCACGACUGCAAGGACUCGGCGCGCCUGAAUGCCGUGUGCCAGAUCCGGUGAAGCCUCGAGCCUCCGUCAGCGCCAGCAGCAGGGCAAGGGGUGCGAAUGCGGUGAUAGAGCCAGGACUUCGGAUUAGAAUAUCUGCAACUUCUUUGGAUAAUCUUAACGGCAUCUGUAAUUGGGUUAGAUUUUUGUAUUAAAAUACUUGAAUUAUA